AUGACUCUUACUGUCAAGCGCAACGUCCGUCUUGUUACGGAGCAACACAUCAUCGACAAGCCCUCGGAGGUUGAGGGUUUCCCUCAGCGUGAGUGGUCGAUCGAGAUCUGGCUUCUCAAUGAGAAGGGCGAGCAGGUGCCUGCCACCGUCUUCGACAAGGUCGUCUACCGCCUUCACCCCAGUUUCGACGAUCGCGCCGUUCAGACCUUCAAGAAAUCCCCCUUCCGCAUCCAGGAGGAGGGAUGGGGUGAGUUCGACAUGACAAUUGACCUGGUUGCCGAUAAGACACACACCAUCAAGCAUGACUUGAACUUUUCCCAGGAGCGUUACGAGGCCAAGCACCAGAUUACCUUCCGCAAUCCCAAGCCUGCUCUCCUGGCUUUGUUGCGUGAGUCUGGCCCGGUCCCUGGCGAUGAGAACGGUCUGAAGUCCAAGCGUGGUGCUACUGGCGAGGAGAGCGCCAAGAAGAAGAAGCGCACCGAGAAGAAUGUUGAUAUGGACAAGCUCGCCGAUGGUUUGCAAAAGCUGAACGAGGAUGAUCUGCUCCAAGUAGUGCAGAUGGUACAUGAUAACAAAUCACCCGAGUCAUAUACCAAGAACGAUGCUGAGAUGGGCGAAUUCCAUGUGGACCUGUACACCCUCCCAGACUCCCUGAUCAAGAUGCUCUGGGAUUUCACAGCCGACCGGGGAGCCCUGUAA